AUGGCACCAUACAUGCCCCUAGGCGGAGACGGCUACUCGAACGAACAAGAAGCAACGGCGACUUGCUUCUGCGGCACCGUUCAGAUCGUGGUACCCCUCGCAGGCGAAGCCCUCAUCGACACCUUCAUCUGCCACUGCGCCGACUGCCGGAAGAUCACCGCCUCCAUGUUCGCCUCCGGCUUCAUCGUCACGGACGCCGCGCUCAAGCACACGCGUGGCGAGGACAAGCUGACCAAGUAUGCUCGGAGCGCGCAGAUCGCGAGUGGAAACACGGUGACGAAUUUCUUCUGCUCGGUCUGCGGGACGUUGAUGUAUCGACGGAGUUCGGGGUUUCCCGGGGUGAGCGCGCCGCGGAUUGGAACGGUGGAUGAUUUUGGUCUGCAUGGGACGAAGCUGAAGCCGAGGAUUGAGCAGUUUGGGAGGGACUGGGUGGGCUGGUGCAAGGGAGGGGAGGGGGUGGAACAGUCCGUUGGGAACUUCUAUGGCGGUGAGCAGGGGAAAGCGGAAUGA